AUGGAACGACAGGGGAUGGAGGGCAACAAUCUUCUGCAUUUUCUUGAUACCCCAAGCGCCCAUUACAGAAGGACAUGCGACGGAUUUGAAGCCCAGCAAGGUGGCGAUGAUCACUCCGAGGCAUCAGAUACCGAUCCAGCUAAUGCAAGGGAAAUGUUGGAGUAUUUGUUGAACCAACCAGCAAACAAAUACUGCGCAGACUGUGGCAAUCCAGAUCCAAAAUGGGCGGCCCUGCCUUUUGGCGCAUUCAUCUGCAUUAAGUGCUCUGGAACUCAUAGAAGUCUUGGUGUGCACAUAUCAAAGGUGAUUUCUGUGAAUCUGGAUGAGUGGACAGAUGAAGAAGUCAACUGUUUAGCUGAAUCAGGUGGAAAUUCUGUUGUUAACACAAGAUAUGAAGCCUUUUUACCCGAAAACAAAAAGCCAAAACAUGAUUGCUCAACUGAGGAGCGUAAUGAUUUUAUCAGGAAAAAAUACCAGUUUCAACAGUUUGUGUGUGAUCCACAAUUUUCUUGCCCUUUACCACUUAACAGAAAGCAUGCACCACCAGAUAAAAAUCACCAGCAGCAUAAUAGCAGCAAGUAUGGUUUUGGCCAUACUUUUAGGAAUAGCUGGAGGAAAAAGGAUUCAUCAGAUAACAAAGGCCUAAAGAAAAUGUCGGAUGUGGGAAUGAUAGAAUUUGUUGGAUUAAUCAAGGUUAAUAUCGUAAAAGGCACAGAUUUAGCUGUUCGCGAUGUGAUGUCGAGCGAUCCAUAUGUCAUGAUUAAUCUAGGGCACCAGUCCAUGAAAACAAAGGUGAUAAAGAACACCCUGAAUCCUAUCUGGAAUGAAAGACUAAUGCUUUCGAUCCCCGACCCAAUUCCACCUCUUAAGCUGCAAGUAUUCGACAAGGACACAUUCAGCUCCGAUGACCGGAUGGGGGAGGCCGAGGUGGACAUCCGGCCACUGAUUGCAGCAACGAAGGAGCACGAGAACUCAACCAUCACCGAACCAACAGAACUCUACAGAUGGUCAGCCAGUGAAGACAGCAACGGCGUGCUCGCCAAGGACAGCAUCAUCUCCGUUGCGAAUGGCAAGGUCAAGCAGGAGAUCACGCUGAAGCUCCAGAACGUCGAGCGCGGUGAGGUCGAGAUCGAGAUCGAGCAUAUGGUUGAACUAUUUUCAGUAGAUUUCCAGACCCCAAUUGUUAGCUGGUACUACCAGGAUGGUGAAAAGAUCUGUAUUCUUCUGCCCAUUGACAAAAGUUGGCUUGCUCCAGUGGGGAAGACGCCAAUGGUGGCCGACAAGGCAGUCAAUCUUAAACGCUAG